ACUUGACAACUGCCGUUUUGUCACAGCCGGCAACCAGAGAGGAAUGACGGCUUAUGGUGCAGUGAAUUCUCUGAGGAAUACAAUUGAUUAUAUUCUCCAUUCUUCUCAUUUUAUCCUCGUUGAUCCCUCUCCACGUAUCUUACAACUCGCGGACGAGGAGUUGGAUCCAUUGCAAGAAAUUCUGGAAAGUUUGGACAGGACAAGAACAAGCAAGAGCAGGAAGAAGGUGAAUGGUUUGGAUGGAAGAAUCAAAGAUUUGAUUUGGGAAUUCGAGGACGCGUUGGAAUCCCUUCUCUACCAACAGAUUCUUUCACAAGUAGAAGAUGAAGGAGUAAUGGAAGAGGAAGCAUGGGAAUCCCGAGGCUUCACAAUCACAACCACAACAACAAGACGGGUGCUGCAUAAACACGAAGCAAGAAUCAUGAGAGAAUCUCAGGCUUCACAAUCUAGAAGCCUAGAAGAUGAAGGAAUGAAAGAAGGAUCAUGGGGAUUCCAACACUUAUUGGACUCCCUUCUAUUUGAAAGCCCUCCUCUACACCACACAACCACAACAACAAGAAGAAUCGGAUUCUCCAUUGAUCUGCAAUUCCUACAACAUCAUGUUCCAUCCUUCAUCGAGAGGCUGAAGGAUAUGGAGGAGGAAUACAUUUAUGAAGUAGACAAUAUGCCUGAAGAUGACGACGAGGAAGAAUCUAUUUACACAAGAAGGAGGACCAAGUCCAAGAUGAUUGGAUUGUCGGAUCAAAUCCAACAACUCAAAGAGGAUAUUAUGCAAAGUUGUGACAACAUGAACUUCGCACUUGUUGGAACUGCAGGCGUUGGGAAGACUGCUCUUGCUGAGGUAGUUUUUGAAGAUCCUAAAAUCUUGAGGCGUUUUGAGCAUCGUGCAUGGGUCAGGGUAGGCAGAAAGUCUCAAUUCGAUGAUGUUUUUCGAGAGAUUCUAGCUCAAAUGUUUGGAAUCACACAAGGAAAUGACGAAUAUAGGUGGCUACUUGGAAAAAGAUUGGAGGGAAAGAAAUGCCUCAUUGUGCUCGAUGAUGUGUGGGAGAGACGGAUAUUGGAUUCCUUGUUAAGUUCCUUACGAAACAUUGGUAAUAUAUCAAUUCAUAUCUUGGUUACUACUCGAGACCGGAGCAUAACUUAUCCUAGUUAUACAACUUUGGUGCGGUUUAUGAAUGAAGAAGAAAGUAAGGAACUACUAUGCGAGAAGGUGUUUGGUGAAAAUGGUUGCCCUUUCAACUUGACAAAGCCACUGCCAAAAUUGCCAAGAACUGUGAAGGUCUUCCUCUCAUGAUAGUCACAGUGGCUGACAUCCUAUCAAAAGCCCAUAAUGCAGACCCCAAAUACUGGGACGAUGUAGCAGAAAUGCGAAAUUCAGUCUUCACUGAUGCAUAUAAUGAGAUAUCAAAGGUACUUUUCCCAAGUUACGACUACUUACCUCAAUAUCUUAAAAUGCCUUUUCUGUAUAUGGGAGUCUUCCCUCCUGAUUAUGACAUCCCUCUUUCCAAGAUCAUGAAUAUGUUGGCUACUGAGGAUUGGUUUCAUAACACAAAAAAGAAACGAUCUUUGGAGGAUUCUGUGUGGCAAUGUUUGGACGAGCUUUGUAAGAAUAAGAAUCUUGUUUUAUUCAACCAAAGGAGCAUUUCUAGGACUACGUGGAUGAUUGUCAAUCACAAGUUUAAAACUUGUCGCCUUCAUUCUUCGUGGCGGCAUGUGUGUAGAGGAGAGGCUCGGAAGAACAAGUUUUAUCAUGUCCUAAAAAAGCUUGUCGAAGGCUUAGAAGAUGAUGUAAAAGGUCAGCGUUGCUUGUGUCUUGAAAAUAAUCUUUUAUUUGGCAUCAAAGAAUUUUGCAACUCUGUGAGAUUGAAUUGUGCAUCCUCUACACGUUCUCUCCUCUUUUUCGGUCCAUACCACCAAUAUCCAAUCCCAGUAGGUGAUGAUUUCAAGUUUCUUGGGAAAUUAGAUGCUCUUAAUCUACGUUUGUACACUUUUCCAAUAGAAAUUCUAACGUUAGUCCUGCUAAAGUACCUUGCUCUAACUUGCAAUGGAGAACUCCCUGCAACCAUAUCCAAACUUUUCAACCUUCGAGUCUUGAUUAUCCAUCCACAUAAUAGCAUUAGAAUUUGUGGAGUUCCAUCAUAUAUACCAAUACAAAUAUGGGAUAUGCAAGAGUUAGAGCAUAUUGAGAUAUUGGGGAAGAGCCUUAUAGCUCCAUCUCAUUCUGCUUCUUUGGAAAAGCUCUCAACACUUGAAGGUGUGAAUGCCAACAUUUAUACUAUCCUGGACCUUUCCAAAAAAGUUCCUUGCAUAAGGAAAUUAGGAGUUCAAAUCGAGCUAACGCCUUAUGAUGACCAUGACGACCUUAUCAGUUGCUUUGGUUGUGUUUCAACACUUAAAAGUUUGAAGAUAUUGAAAUGUAGUAUCAUAAAUCCUGUGGUGAAGUACGGUUAUGCAUUUCCUAGUUCAUUGUUAACUUUUCCAGGUGUAUUGAAAAAGUUACAUUUGAGUGGCAUGUGUUUUUCUUGGGAACACAUGGAUGUAAUCGGCUCUUUGCCAUUUCUUGAAGUGCUCAAAUUGCGAGCCUACGCCUUUCGGGGUCCAAAGUGGGAAGCGCGAGAGGGAAGUUUUAUGAAAGUUAAGUUUCUUCUAGUUAAAGACAGUGAUUUGGUGCAAUGGAAACCGAAAUUUGGAAGCUUCCCUGAUCUUGUGUGCCUAAGCAUGAAACAUUGCUACAAACUAGAAGAGAUCCAUUGGCCGUCUAAAAUUUCAUUCGGAGUGAUUGAAUUAAGAAACUGCAAUCCUGUAGCUUUGACUUGUGCUAAGCAGUUACAACUGGGAAGAUAUGCUUCCAUUGAUGUUACGGCCACUUCUUCUUUCGACGAGAAACCCAUUGCUAUCAAGUUUACAAGGCAUGGGUUUGAAAGAUUGAGAUAGAAAGGUGAGGCACCAUAUUCUCCAUUCCCACUCUCAGUCUUUGUAUUAUUAGAUUGUCAUCUCAAUUUAAGAAUUGUGACUUACUAUUUUGGGUUGUUUUACAAAAUAAAACCAGGUAGAAUGUUAAUGUAUAUUCAAUGAAUCAAUAUAUAUAUUCUUC